GAGAAACACUCAGUGUGUCACAGAGGGAGCAGAGCGCGCGGGUGGGGGAGAGACGAGAGGGAAACUUCACCGGGGUUCAGCACUGAGACCGUUCCGAGCGCAGCGUCCUCGCGCUGGUUACAAAGUGGACAGCGGAACGCAGCUUGGAACGCGCGAGUCAGCGGACGGACUGUUGGAGAGCGCAGUGACAGGGGACCCGACGCUGGAGAAGGAGCUGAUCCUCCUGCCCGGAAAGUUAUCAACUACGAGAGAGAUGCUUUGUUGAACUGAGAGUUUACAAACUGUUCGGGACCAUUCGGAGGCGUUCGUUGGUAACUGGAUGCUAUUCUAGGCGACUCCCAGUGCGCAUUGUUGCGUCCAGUUGUACCCCGGUGCCGCGGACUGGACCACAACCAGCUCGCACGCUACGGAGCUGAGAUCAUCUUUCCAAGCAACACAAUCAGCGGCAAGAGCAACUAAAAUGACGGCGUUACACCUGAUUUUUUGCUGUAUGGUCACAGCAGCCACCCAAGCAGCCCACUUCUCCCAGCAACCCCAGGACCAGGUGGUCGUGUCGGGUCUGUCCGUGACUCUACCCUGUGUGAUUGUGGGUUAUCGAGGAAUGGUGCAAUGGACCAAAGAUGGCCUGGCGCUGGGUGGAGAGAGAGACCUACCAGGCUGGAAGCGGUAUUCCUUGAUGGGCGACCCGCUAUCAGGCGAGCACAGCUUGCUGAUCGAUUCGGCAGAGUUGGAGGAUGACGCGGUGUAUGAGUGUCAAGCUACACAAGCAGGACUGCGCUCCCACCGUGCUAAGCUGACUGUACUAGUUCCUCCUUCAGACCCCGUGGUGGAGGGUGGCCCCGUUGUACGUCUGAAGGCCCACACACCGCACAAUCUCACCUGCAGAGCCUCGGGAGCCAGACCUGCUGCUGAGAUCACCUGGUACAGAGAUGGAGAGGUCAUGGAGACUGCAAUUUAUUCCAAGACUCUGCUUGGAGAUGGAAAGAAGGAGGCGGCUGUCAGUAUGCUUCCAAUUGUUCCUGAGGAUAGCGACUCUGGACGCACUUACACCUGCAGGGUUCUCAACCAAGCUGCCCCAGCUGGACGACAGAUAUCCGUCACUAUCAAUGUCCAGCACCCUCCUUCAGUGACUCUAUCAGUCCAGCCUCAGACGGUAGCUGAGGGAGCGAAGGUUCUCUUCAUCUGCUCAGCUUCGGCCAAUCCGGAAAUCACUGGAUACAGGUGGUCAAAAGGAGGAGUUCCCAUCUCCGAGGCAAAUGGGGACAGCCUUGAGGUGACAGUGGACUACUCCUACUUCACAGACCCCGUCUCCUGUGAGGUGUCCAACUCUGUGGGCAGCACCAACGUCAGCACUCUAGUCGAUGUCCAAUUUGGCCCCAGACUGCUGUCGGAGCCCAAGCCGAUGACGGUGGACAUGGGGAUGGAUGCUGCUUUCACUUGUGCAUGGACUGGAAACCCUCCUCUGACCCUGGCGUGGACCAAGCAAGGCUCCAGCGUGGUGCUCAGCAAUAGCAACACCUUGCAGCUGAAGGCUGUUACCCAGGAGGAUGCUGGAACAUACACCUGCAAGGCCAUCGUGCCUCGGAUUGGGGUGGCAGAGAGAGAUGUCACUCUGACCGUGAACGGCCCACCUAUCCUCACAGUGGACGCUACGCAGCACGCUGUCAAGCACUCCAAGGGCAAGCUGGAGUGCCGGGUGGGAAGCAGCCCCCCGCCUGAGAAGAUUGUGUGGACUUUCGGAGACACGAGCCUGUCCUCUGGCUCCUCCGGCCGUUUUUCAGUGCAGACCGUAACCAGCGACCACGGCGUCUCAUCUGCCCUGGUGCUGUCCGAGACCCUGGCGCAGGAUUUCCAGCUGCGCUACAACUGCACCGCGUGGAACCGCUUCGGCACCGGCACCGCCCUCGUCACGCUGAAGGAGCAAGAAGCCCUCCCCAUGUUGAUUAUUGUUGGUGGAGCAGUUGGUGGAGGCUGUGUCCUGCUCAUCUGUGUCAUCACUCUGGUCUCCCUCUGCUGCAGGCACACAGGCAAAGGUGAGCUCAAUGGUAAAAGGUGCACUCGUCUCUCCAAAAGCGACAUCAGAGUUCAGAUUGUUCACAGCGAUCACAACGCUACGCGUGGUAACGAUGACGAGGAGGACGUCAAAGAGCCCAUGGCACCGAACAGCAGCGAGUCUCCUGGGACAUCGCGCACAGAGCACAGCGACCUCCUGGAAGAGGAGGAGGACGAGAGAUCGGAAUCCAAGGACCCCACCAAUGGCUACUACAACGUCCGUGGCAACGAAGACCGCCACAUCCGCAGCAGUGGCUUCUCCGAGUACGUGCCCAACUCACGGCCAGUCUACACUCCAUCCCAACUGCCCUCCCCGAGCCCCGUGUACGGCCAGCACGGCACCCAGCCGCGCGUCUAUGACUUCUCCCACCGAUACGCAACCACCACGGCAGGCAGGACGGCGUAUGAGCAGCAGCAAGCCGCCCAGCAACAGCAGCCCGCCCAGCCGGCCAGCAUUUAUCCCACCGAUCCCGUCUACAGUGGCUCCGCUUACCUCCCUGCUACGUACGGUCGCGCCUUCACAAGCUACGUGAAGCCUGCUUCCUACGAAAAGGUGGACGCGUACGACCAGUCAGAUCAGGCCAGCAAGGUGUCCAGCUCGUCCCGCUUCUCUUAUGCCUCCUCACAAGUAUCCUCCCAGCAGUCCGACUAUGGCCGGCCUUCACAACGUAUGCAGACUCACGUCUGACUGGACAAGAGAAUUGACGGAGGAAAAAAAAAGAAAACAAACAAAAAAAAAGUACAGGAGCAGAUAACCAUUGUCACGUCCAUAUGUGGCUUGACUAACAUGAACAGAGACUUACCUUGCUCAGACGGUCCUUAAAGGACUUGUUUGGACUGUAUUUGGAGGGAGCCAUGUGUCAACAACCUUUAUUUGUUGUGAUGGAUGGGGGGGGUCUGUAGAGCUCCUGAGAUGGAGAAUUCAGCAGAUUGUGAUGUUCAAGUCAAACCUAUGAUUACAGUGUGAUACCUCAUCAAGUACAUCUACUUGAUGACCUCCCAAGCCUGUGGCGACAUUCAGUCUCCGUGCCAGCGCCAACAAGAAAAUAAAACAAAAGCCUCUCCUGAAUUUGGGUAGCCACAAUGACUGGGUUAGCCGUUUACCUGCCUUUCAGAUCUGACUUUGUGUCAACAAUAAAUGUUAAACAAGAACUCUAAAACACUUUGAAAGACAUUAGAUACAAGACAUAUUUCAGGAAAAAAAAACAUGAACAACCUAAGGUUGUCGAUCAUUUGGUGUUUUGUUGGCAUGCGAAAGGAAUUCUAAGCACAUUUGUAUCUCUAUCAUCCACAAAAGGCCGAGCUAUCCACAGAGACAGAAAAACUAUUCUGCACAACAGGCUGGCUCCACAGAACAACAAGUGCUCCAGGCACGAUACUGUAGGAAGAGUUUAAUCAGUGGUGGCCUCAGCUGUAUUACUGGAACCUCUUCUGAUAAGAACCCUAACACGUUGGACUUGUGUGAAGAGAAUGUGAAUUUUAGCCGUCACUGUAAUGGACGGCUUGAUGUUACCAAGACGGACAAGGUAGGUCAUGAAAGCCCAAAGAUGGUGAUAAUUGUUUAGGGGAAAACCGGGGCUGAAGACUGCUGUCCGACCCAGAGUACUGUUUUUCUGAUUGUAAAAUGCAGAGGAGGCGAUUACCAGUACAAUCAAAAAUGGUGGUUUGGAAAAUAGUGGCAAUCUUGAACUCAAAGUAAACUUGAAUGCAACGGCAUCUUCAGGUGCGGAAAGACGUGCAAGGCCGUCCUAGUAUGGACCAUACGCUCAAGUUCUCUCAAUCAAAUUGUCUCGAUAUGUUUACAAGUAACAGUACUACCCUGAAACACUAAGUAUCUGUACAAAUGGCGGAGCCCAUACUUUUUCUCUGUUGCAUGCAAAUGAUGUGUCUAGUGAAAAUCUUCAGCGUUUUUAAUUCAUGUCCAUUUCAUGUUUGAGACAUUGGUUUCAACACCUGGCCCAGUUGCAUUCCACUUCCUGGUUGUUUCAGUAUGCCUGUACUGCCAUUUGUCUAAAAAGCUGUUACCAGGCAGCCUGAUGAGAGAAGAAAUGUCCCUUAAAGUGAGGCGGCAAACAUCAUCGCUUGUCUUUAUUUUUAUAUUUUAUAUAAGCCUUAAUGUACAGCCUGUAAGCUGCUCUAUUGUAUCUUUAUAUACAUAUGUAUCGAUCUUUAUUUGGUUCCACAUAAGUUGUUCAUCAAUCAUUGAAUGCAGUUACUAUGUAUUUGUGUUUGUUUUUUUCGGAACACAACUAAUUGCCAUUUGUUUGUUGAUUCUUUUAAUAAUGUAUUAAGAAUUUUAUUUGCUAAAAUGAGCUAUUGUUGCUUGUACCUUUGUACACAUAUUUAUAUUUAAAUAAAACCAUUUCCGAUAAAA